GACACACUUGAAACUACACACGAAGAACAGCACCAUGAAGUGGGCCGCACGCAUAGCGCUCGCGGGCCUCCUGGUCGCCGCCCUCCACGCCGAGCCGGACCCCGACCGGCGGGAGUCGCGAUCCGUCCUGUCGGGCGGAUAUCUGCCUCCUCCGGCGGGAGGAGGUGGAGGCGGGGGUGGAUACAGCGGUGCGGCAGGUGGAGGAGGCGGCUCUAAAUUCGGCGGAUCUGGAGGCUCCUUCGGGGGCGGCGGUGGAUCGUCUGGAGGUGGUUCCUUUGGUGGAAGAGGAGGCUCCGGUGGAGGAUACAGCGGUUCCUCAGGUGGAUCGUCAGGUGGUUCCUUUGGUGGAAGAGGAGGCUCCGGUGGAGGAUACAGCGGUUCCUCAGGUGGAUCGUCCGGAGGUGGCUCCUUUGGUGGGUCUUCAGGAGGUGGAUCAUUUGGGGGAAAAGGAGGCUCGGAGGUGGAAGUGGCUCCUUCGGAGGAGGCAGAGGAUCUGGUGGUGGCUACGGUGGCUCAUCAGGUGGUGGAUCUUCUGGUGGCUCCUUCGGAGGAGGCAGAGGAUCUGGUGGUGGCUACGGUGGCUCAUCAGGUGGUGGAUCUUCUGGUGGCUCCUUCGGAGGAGGCAGAGGAUCUGGUGGUGGCUACGGUGGCUCAUCAGGUGGUGGAUCUUCUGGUGGCUCCUUCGGAGGUGGAAGUGGCUCCUUCGGAGGAGGCAGAGGAUCUGGCGGUGGCUACGGUGGCUCAUCAAGCGGUGGAUCUUCAGGAGGUGGAUCCUUCGGAGGAAAAGGCGGCUUUGGAGGUGGAGGUGGCUCCUUCGGAGGAGGCAGAGGAUCUGGUAGUGGAUAUAGUGGAUCCUCAGGUGGAAUAGGAGGCGCCGGUGGUGGAUCCUUCGGUGGAGGAGGAUCCAUUAGUGGAGGUUAUCUUCCACCUGGCAGAGGAUAGGGGCUCCC